AUGGAGUUGAAGAGCAUACUAGCAUAUCUUCAGAACAAGACCAUUUUGGUUACUGGAGCCACUGGCUUCCUUGCAAUGGUAUUUGUGGAGAAAAUACUAAGGGUUCAACCAGAUGUGAAAAAGAUCUAUCUUCUUUUAAGAGCUUCCAAUACCAACUCAGCCACGAAUCGCAUGCACAAUGAGAUCCUCGGAAAGGAGUUGUUCAGAGUUCUUAGGGACAAACAUGGUGCGGAUUUUGAUUCCUUUGUAUCGCAAAAAGUUGUGGCUGUCGCGGGAGAUGUAACUUCUGAAAACCUUGGAGUGAAAGACUUCAAAUUGACCGAAGAAAUGUGCAAUGAAACAGAAAUCAUACUUAAUUCUGCUGCAACGACCAACUUUGAUGAAAGAUAUGAUAUUGCGCUGGACGUCAAUACAUUUGGAAUUCUGCAUGUGGUGAGCUUUGCAAAGAAAUGUGUAAAGCUAGAGAUGCUUCUCCACGUAUCAACUGCUUAUGUGUGUGGUGAGAGGGUAGGACUCAUACCAGAGGACUUACCUUCAUUAACUGAUGACAUAGUAAAGGGAACCACCAAAUUUGAUUUCAAAGCACAAGAAAAGAUCGUCGUGGAGAAGAAAUUGACUGAACUAAAAGCACAAGGUGCUACAGAAGAAGUUAUUACAAGCACAAUGAAGGAUUUUGGCAUUGAAAGGGCUAAACAUUAUGGGUGGCCAAACACCUACGUAUUUACAAAGGCGAUGGGAGAAGUAUUUCUGGGGCGCUCAAAAGAUGAGCUUCCUGUAGUUAUCAUUCGCCCAACUGUGGUUACCAGCACUUACAAAGAGCCAUUUCCAGGUUGGAUUCAAGGUUUUAGAACCAUUGAUAGCGUAAUUGCCGGUUAUUGUAAAGGAAAGCUCACAUGCCUACUUGCUGAUCCUACGACAGUAUUUGAUAUGAUUCCUGUUGACAUGGUGGUAAACUCAAUAAUUUCAGCGAUGGCAGUGAAUGCAAAUCAAUCUUCUAUUGUCAUUUACCAUGUGGGAUCCUCAUUUAGAAACCCUAUAAAAAUAAAUAGUAUUCACGAUUUUGUGUUUCGGCACUUCACCAAAGAUCCUUGGGUUGACAAAGAUGGAAACCUUGUUAAGGUUGGCAAGUGCACAAUGUUCAGCACUAUGGCUACUUUCCGGAUGUACAUGCAAAUUUGCUUCAUGAUACCUUUGGAGGGAUUAAAGUUCGUAAACAAAGCAUGUGGCCACUAUUUCCAAGAUUCAUACAUUACCUAUAGCCGAAAACUCAAAUUGGUGAUGCGCUUCGUAGAGCUAUACAAACCGUAUAUGUUAUUCAAGGGCAUCUUUGAUGACACCAAUUCGGAGGAGCUGCAAAAGGUGACAAGUGAGAGUUACAUAGAUGCAAUCAAAUUUAACUUCGAUCCGAAUUGCAUUGAUUGGGAAGACUACAUUAUGAAUACUCACAUCUAUGGCCUCCGAAAGCAUGUUAUGGUUAAGUGA